AUGAUAACCAAAGUUUUCUCCCUCCUUUUCUGUUUAUUUCUGAUACAAUCUGUAAAAUGCCAAUGCCAUCGACAAGGAGACAAUUAUAUCGGCGAUUUGUGUUAUUCGAUUCAGAAUCAGAAACUCAACAAUCAGGAUGCUACAAAUUACUGUCGAGGACGAUCCAUGAAUCUUGCAGUGCUUCAUACAACCCUUCAGGCUAACUUCUUGGCUUCCCAAGUUAGAGCACAGUCUGGCUCCAACGAAGCAACAUUUUGGAUUGGUUUGAGUCACGCUUCAGUGAGCUCUAGAUUUGUGUGGGAUGACGGAACUUCCAUGAGUUGGAGCAACUUUGAUGGAAACUUUCCCAAGGAUAAUUUGUACGUUGCUGAAAGUGUGAUUAAUGGCAAAUGGAGAACAUUGAGUGGAGAUAAUGUUUUGAUUUUUGUGUGCAGUUAUGAUCCUAGAAAUGGAACGCCUGGUACGGAUCAGCGAUCUACAACUGCAUCAUUUGAUUCAACUACAACUGGAUGGUUUGAAACUACUACUAAAGGAUCCACAGCUACGUCCAUGGAAACUACUGAAGGCAGUUCAUCUACUUUCUUCACCACCACAUGGUCAAUACCAACAUCGUCCAUACCAAUGUCUACAUUGACAAGUUCUCCAGCAUCGUCGAGCAGUGGUUCAUACACGAAAAGUUCUCCUGCGAGUUCAUCAUGGGGCACUUCCACUAUGUAUCCCACUAAUUGGUGA